GCACCACAACCAUCAUGAUGCCCCGAGUCUGGCUUACGAUAAUUCCUUCUGGGUCGUUCUCGCCGUGUCUGCAUCGUGAUCACACUUGUCACCUGCUUCCGCUUACCGCUGUCAGGUAGCGCGCACAAGGUUCAAGGAAGUCGCGGAAAAGACGCCUGCCACUACGGAGAAAAUUCAAUCCCGAAGUAACUCUUUGUGCAAGUCCCUUGUGUGAUUCUUGUCCAGAUGGCCCCGAGUCUUUCACUUGCCCAACUGCUUCCCGUCUUCAACCUCUCCCAUCAAGAUCAAAAGCUCACGAGAAACACCACUCCAAGAUGGAUCAGUCUACCAAGCCCGAAGUUGAGCCUAAGGAGGAUUCCGUCACCGCCCGCAUACAGCACGCUAAAAAGACGUGCGACGUUCUCUCGGAUGGCAUCAAGUCCAUGAAUAUACCCGAGGCCAUCAGAAAGGCGAAGAACCUGACAGAUUACAUUCAAAUCCUGGAUUUCAGUGACAUGAUCAACGACAUGCGCAUCAGGGUCAACGUUUCUCGGGCCAGCAUCCAGGACGUGCGCAAUGGCACGCUGGACGAGCCGAGCAUAAAACUGCUUGAAGAGAUUGACCAGGGCUUCGAUACGCUCCUGACGAGAAUCGAAGGCUUGCGCGAAUGCGUCGAUGAUUGGAUGGAGACCAUGAAUGUUGCCUCCCCUUUGAAGAUAGAUAAGACUUCCCCCGCGGCUUGA